CUUGGCGGGGUCUUCCUGCCGGAGCUCAUCUCUGGACUCGCAGGCGUCGGUGAGGUUCCCUCGUGGCCUCAAACGCUUGUUUCCCGGUCUUAUGGCCGGUCUGACUCUGUUUGUGGGCCGUCUCCCGCCCUCGGCUCGCAGUGAGCAGCUGGAAGAGCUGUUUAGUCAGGUGGGUCCGGUGAAGCAGUGCUUCGUGGUGACUGAGAAAGGGAGUAAGGCAUGCCGAGGCUUUGGGUAUGUCACUUUCUCCAUGCUGGAAGAUGUUCAGAGGGCGCUCAAGGAGAUCACUACCUUUGAAGGAUGCAAGAUCAAUGUGACUGUUGCCAAGAAAAAAGUGAAGAACAAGUCCAAGGAAAAGAAGAAUAAUGAAAAUUCAGAGUCCCCAAAGAAGGAACCAAAGCUCAAAAAAGCCAAAGUGGCAGAUAAGAAAGCCAGAUUAAUUAUCCGGAACCUCAGCUUUAAGUGUUCAGAAGAUGACUUGAAAACAGCAUUUACACCCUAUGGAACUGUUCUGGAAGUGAAUAUCCCAAGGAAGCCAGAUGGAAAGAUGCGUGGUUUUGCUUUUGUGCAGUUCAAAAAUCUCCUUGAAGCAGGAAAAGCUCUCAAAGGCAUGAAUAUGAAAGCAAUAAAAGGACGGACUGUGGCUGUGGAUUGGGCUGUGGCAAAGGACAAAUACAAAGACACCCAGCCUGCUUCUGCCCCAGAUGAAAAGAAGAACAGUGAACAUGAGCAUAAGGAAUCGGGUAAAAAUGGCAGGGUGGAAGAGCAAGAAGAUGAUGAAGACGAUGAUGAUUUUGGUGAUGAAGAUGAUGAUAGUGAUGAAGAAGAGGAGGAAGGUAGAGAAUCAACCGUGACGACACGUGUGAAAGUUCAGAAGAGAGCAGUCAAGAGAGCAGCUCCUGAGGAAAGCACUGAAGAAGUCCAUUCUGAUGAGGACAGUGACCUGGAGGAAGGAGGGAGCAUUGAUAGCGAGGGACCGCUGGAGAGUGGGAGCAGUGCUGAGGAACAGGAGGAUGAAGAUGUCCCAGUCUCAAAGAAAAAGAAGAGGAAAUUACCCUCCGAUGUGAACGAAGGGAAAACUGUUUUCAUCAGGUAUGCCUGCCUGUGCGGAACUGGGCAUCCAUCCUUCACGGGUCUCAUUGCUUACCUUGCCUUUCCCUCGGCCCUAGUUCUCCUGUCCUCCCCUUCAUCUCGGCUUCCUCUUUUCCUUUCCUUACCCUUCCAUUUGUGCCAGGCUGUGGAUACUUUGAGUGUUGUCCUUGCUCGCUGUGGAAGCCAGGAAUGUCUGACUGAAUCUUGUCUUGGUGCAGGCUGUGCAUUCGCACAAUUCAUGUCUCAGGAAGCAGCUCAGAAAUGCCUUGCAGCUGCCUCUCCAGAGGCCGAGGGUGGUGGGCUUAAACUGGAUGGCCGGCUGCUCAAGAUUGACUUGGCUGUGACCCGUGAUGAGGCAGCAAAGCUCCAGACAAAGAAGGUGAAGAAGCCAACUGGAACCCGGAACCUCUAUCUGGCCCGAGAAGGCUUGAUCCGCGCUGGGACGAAGGCUGCCGAGGGUGUGAGUGCUGCUGAUAUGGCCAAACGAGAGCGGUUUGAGCUACUGAAACAUCAGAAACUCAAGAACCAGAAUAUCUUUGUCUCCCAGACCAGACUUUGCCUGCACAAUCUGCCAAAGGCCGUGGAUGACAACCAGCUGAGGAAGCUGCUGCUGAGUGCCACUAGAGGCGAGAAGGGCGUGCGCAUCAAGGAGUGUAGAGUGAUGCGGGACCUUAAACCAGUUCAUGGAAAAAUGAAGGGGCAGUCCCUGGGCUAUGCCUUUGCAGAAUUCCAAAAGCAUGAGCAUGCCCUCAGAGCCCUCCGCCACAUCAACAACAACCCAGAAAUAUUUGGGUCUCAGAAGAGACCAAUAGUGGAGUUCUCAUUAGAAGAUCGGAGGAAGCUUAAAGUAAAGGAGCUGAGGAUCCAACGCAGCCUGCAAAAAAUGGAAUCUAAGCUUAAUGUAACCAGUAAGCCCCAAAAGGGGCAAAAAGAACUUGGAAAAGACAAGCAACAAAAAGCAGCGAGCCCUACACAGGAUCAAAGUCAGGCUUCUGGAGAGCAGAAAGGGAAGGGCCACCCCACAUCGUGGACAGGGUUCCAGACCAAGGCUGAAGUGGAGCAGGUGGAGCUGCCUGAUGGGAAGAAGAGAAGAAAGGUCCUGGCGCUCCCUUCACACCGAGGCCCCAAAAUUAGGUUGCGGGACAAAGGCAAAGUGAAAUCCCUUCCUCCUAAGAAGCCAAAGCCCCAGACAGGCCACCGGAAGCAGAAGAAGCAGCAGUUACUUUCUUCCCUGCAAGUGCCGAAGAAAAAGGCUAAGGAAAGUAAGGCAGAAUCCCACUUCAACCAACUGGUUGAACAGUAUAAGCAGAAAUUGUUGGGUCCUUCUAAAGGGGCACCCCUGAUGAAGAGAAGCAAAUGGUUUGAUACCUGAUGCCGCCUGCAGAAAGCCAUGUCUUCACUGAGGGAAAGAGCAUUCCAGAGGAGGCCCUGUGCUUGGGGACUCUGUAGCUCUGUACAUUCUUGGUCCCUUCUCCAGUGUGGAAGGAAAAAUACCUGAAGAACACCAUGAGUUCUUACAUUCUCCCCAGAUUACUGCUGAAGCUUUACGUGUAAUUGUGAUUCCUUCUAUUUUCUUCUUCGAUGGAAACUAUUGUAAAAAAGUGUUUUGGAGUACUGAAUUUUUAAGAUGCAUAUUUUGUUAUGGAGUCUGUAAAUGAGGAAUUGUGACUUUUGGAUGUGUCUCGUUUUUAAUAUACACAAAUACAUUAUUUAUGAGA